AAAAGACAUGAAAUGCCGCUCUCUCUAUAAUUUUCUGAUUUUGUGUAUGAAGAAGGAAGAUUUGAGAAAAUAUAGCGUUUAUUAAACAUAAAUAAUGUAAUUCUUGCAGUAGCUUAUGUGUUUACCAGAAGUGUUUUUGAAAUUUAUCCUCACUUCUAUGUUGGAGUAUGCAUUUUUCUUCGAAAGGUUUUUCAGUAUACUCCCAUUAUCGUUAACAACUCGUUACUUCAGUUAUAAAACCGCAUUUUAUGUGCUAUCUUGUGGCAGCAACUCCAGCUGAAAAAGGGAUUCAAUCACUAGAGAUUUGAAAUAUUAUGCCCAUCAUCGUACCGCAGUCAUAUACUUUAUGAGAAUGGAGAAUUCUUCCAUUGAGAAAGAAGUGAAUUCAGUUGAAAACACCGAAGAUGCAGAUCGUGUAAAUCAUAUACCAUCUAAAAAUGAAAAUGCUUCGAGUAAUGCUGUAGCGGAGGAUGUUUCUAGUAACGAUAUUGAUGUAGGCCCCACGCUCGAUGGAUUAACACAGAAAGAAACUCGUAAAAAUGAAGGUGAUGUUGUUAAUCUUAAACCAAUUAAGUCGUCUGGUAAUAAUUCUAUUGAGAUUAAUGGCGACUUGAAUGAAAAAUCUGAUGAAAAUCUAUCAGAGUCCAAUUCACUACCUAAUGAUAAAAUCAUCGAAGUAAAUGAAGAGAUCGGUGCCGUUUGUUCAGAUUCAAGUAAAGAAUCACUUGAUGCGAACGAGGAUAAAAAUGAUACGUCUGCGAGUUCCAAUGGUAAAUCCAGUAAUCGGGAAAAAGAAAAAGAUGAUACUCCGUCUAUUCCGAGUACUAAUGAAAACGGCUCGGAAGUGGAUUCGUCGCAACUUGAUGAUUUAUCGUCGAGAAAUAAGAAUAUUACAAACUCCAGCUGUGAUUCUGAAGAUUACCUUUCAGCUACGGAUUCAAACGAAAUUUCUACGCCAGCUAAACAAAGUAAAUCAGGCGAUGGAUCACAAAUUAGUAUAGCUGAUGAGGUUACCAGUGAUGAAGUGGAUAGUUCUGUGGCUCGAGACGACAGUGCGAAUUUUAAUAGCUUUUCCAAAUCGGUACCAAGUGUCGAGAACCACGAAAAAAGUGAAAAUUCAACGAAUUCUCUCGAACCUAUGGAAGUAGACAGAUCGCCUUCUCCUGCCAGUAUUACCGAAAGCAACGAAAAAGACGAUUCCAAUUUCGAGUCAGCGGCCAAAAGCCCCGAGCAAAAAGACACUGUAGAGGAAACUAGUGAAAAUCCCAAAUCAAUGAAUAAAGACAACCAGCAAGCUGAUUCCAACGUUGACAAAACCAAUGAGAAUUCGGACCUAAUAAACGAAGAUCAUGAUCCAUCAAAAAGUGAAGACCAAUCGUCUAGCACUGCGGAAAAACUUGACGAUGAUCAAAUCACUGAUAACUCGCUGCAAGAUACUUCUGCAAACGUUGACAGCACCAAAGAAUCGCCAGGUGCCGAUGCUUCUGCAAACGUCGAUAGUACCAAAGAAACGUCAGGUACCGAUGUAACUUCCGUUAAUACGAGUAACUCGACUAUCAGUAAAACCGUCUCAGAAACCGUUAAUAAUAAAGAAUCAACGUCGGAAGAAACCUCAGAUGCAAAAAAUACCGAAGUUUUGCAUAUCGAUGAAAACGACGAAGAGCCGGAGGAAGUGAUGGAUACAUCAGAAUGUGACCCUUUUGGACAAGUUUCCGAAAAUGCAGCGACUGAAGUUGAAGAAAUGGAAGUUGAUGGAACCAGCAGUUGUAAAGAUGCGCAAAGCGAAAUGGUGGAAAUCGUUACCGUCAUCAAUUCAACCGAAGAAUAUUCUAGUAGUAGCGAAUCGGCAUCGAAAUCAACUCAUGAAAAAUCGUCGACCGACGAUUCCGUUGAUCAAACCGAUGAGAAUUGUAUCAUCCCAGAUAACGUGAACAAUGAAGGUGACGAGGGUGCUAAGACGACCAUUGAAGUUGUAAAACCAAAGUUUGAUAUAACGCCGGUUCGUUUGGAAAAAUUGAUGGAUCCGAGUAAAUUUGUUAAUUCGCAAGAAAAGAGCAAUGAACUAAUCCAAGAUAAAAGCAGUAGUACUACCAACGAUCCAGAUUCGAAUAAUCUUACAGUUACCAGUAGGCCACAACGACAAGCUGCAAAAAAAGCUGAAUCUCAAAUUAAGGAAAUCGUUGCUCAAACCGAAAGUGAGAGUUACAAUAUCGAAGAUAUUGAAAAGUUAGCAGAACCGUCGCUGCAAGUUUGUUACCGUUGUAGUCGUCUAAGGCAAUGCCGAUUCGUAGCUUCGUUAGGGUCUAGGACAGUGUAUCUUUGUCAAGAAAGUUGUUUCGAGUCCGCUUCAGAAAAGAAAGGAAUAACGUUGAAAUGCACGUCGAAAUUACAACCUGCAGCGCCUCAGAAAGCCCCAUCGGUGCCGGAUUCCAUCCACUUUCUAAGAAAAUGCAGCCAAUGUAACUUACAUAAUAUUUUGGAUGAUAAGUCAUUGACUUGGGAAGCUAUGGAUUUUUGCAAUGAAGAUUGUUUAAGCCGUUACCAAGUUCAGCAUGGAGCGAAUUGUGCGUUUUGCAAAGGAAGUGUUCAGCAUAUGAGCAUGGGAAAAUAUUCGGUACGAUUUGGCUUAGAAGCUAGGCAGUUUUGUUCCGGCACCUGUUUGGAAGAAUUCAAAAAAGGAUUAAAGUCGUGUAGCUACUGUCAACAAGAUAUUACCAAAGCGACCGAUAUCAUCACUGCCCAAAUUGGCGAUAAAGGACAGACGAAGGAUUUUUGUUUGCAAAGUUGCGUUGAAAAGUAUGAAAGAAUGAGCACUAAUUCGCCGUUGCCAGUCAUUCGAGACACUUGUACCGUUUGCGCUCAGUUGAAAGAUGUUGAGGUUCAGGUUUUUAUACAGUCAAGAACACACCCCUUGUGUAGUGAUGUUUGUUUCAUGACUUUUAAAUUCGCCAAUAAUAUAUCUGAUGUUGAUCAAUGUCACAUAUGUAAAAAAUUCUACGAAGAAGGAAAUCCUGAUAGUUAUUUCGUAUUUCACGAUGAUACUCCGUAUAAUUUUUGCAGCAAAGUCUGUAUGAAUGUGUUUAUAUUAUUUAGAAGAAAAAUCGUGCCAUGCAAUUGGUGCAAAGUGAAGAAGUACAAUUUUGAUAUGAUUAAAAGGUGUUCCUCCGGCGGAAGUAGUGUUAUGAUGUGUUCAUUGAACUGCCUAACGUUAUAUCAAGUUUCUAUGAAUGCUACCUCAACGCGAAAAAUCAAAUGUGAUCUCUGUUCAUCCAUUAAUUACGCGCAGUAUCAUUUAACGAUGUCAGAUGCAACGAUAAGAAAUUUCUGUUCUUAUAAUUGCGUAAUGAUUUUCCAAACGCAAUAUAAUAAAACGCCAUUAACGAUGCAUGAGCCUAAUAAAUCAAAUUCAGCUCCAGUACCUCUCGGAGCUCCUAAAAGAGCUAUACUUCAUCAAAAAACAGUUGUUACACCGACUAACGAUCUUCAGCGAAAUUCUAUUCAAAAAUCCAUUACUACCGUAGCCAACGGACUUUUACCGCAGCUAACCAGUACUGGGACUUUGAAAAUAAGCAGUCCAUUGACGGUUGCAACUGCAAGUGGUCCUAGUACUCUGCUGACUACAACGUCGACAGCCAAAACACAAACUGUUACGAAAUAUAUUCAGCAAAUCAUCAUUAAACCGCCAGAACCGAAAGAGACGACGAAUAAGUUCACGCAGUGUAAUAUAAAUACUGCCAACAAAAGUGUUUCUUGUCAACCCGAAGUUUCCACGCAGGAAACCCAAACCGAUGAAAUUUCAAAGUAUCCGGCAAUCGUACCUAUUCCGGUUCCAAUAUAUGUUCCUGCUCCAAUGCAUAUGUUUACUACGCCUUUUCCAGUACCAGUACCGUUUGCAUUACCCAUACCUGUGCCUAUAUUCAUACCGACCACUAAAAGUACUUAUAAAGGAGUUGUUCAAUACAUAAAGGAAAUCGUUGAUAAAACGCCAGCUAAUCCUUUCGAAGCUGAUUUACUCUUAAUGGCCAAAAUGGUUGCUGGUGAAGAAAAACCCGAAGAAUCGGAAGAAGUUACGAAAAAUGACAGUGGCGAAGACGAUGAAAUGCCAUUUGUUGACGCUACUCAAGAUGGUGAAAGUUUCGCUGAAUCUGAAUCUUCAACGUCUAAUAAUUUUGGCGACGAUGUAUUACAAAUGGCUAUGAAAAUGGCUACCGAGCAGUUGAGUAACUCGCCGACAGUAGACUUGGAAGCUGAAUUAACUUCGAACACGAUUACACCGCAGACACAAACUGAAGACAACAAUGCGAAAACCGAAGUGGUCGAUGUUCCAGUAGAGCCUAGAAUGACGCGUACUCGAAAACGAGCCAGUAAAGCAGCUAGUGAGACUCCGACUCGAAAAAGAGGACGGCAACAAACCACAGCUCCAACAGAAAAUGAUUCACAGUCGAGUACCGCAUUAUCUCAGUCCCCCGAUGUAUCCUCUGCGUCUGUGGUUCCAGAAAGUGAAAGACCCGAUGUUAAUAUGUGUCUGAAAUUUACAAUCGGAAUAAGAGCAUGGAAACAGUGGCUGCUAGCUAAAAAUGAACAACUCGAACAAGCCGCCACUGCUGCAAAUAAGAAAGCCAAAACUUUCAAUUUGAAUAUUUUAAAGUUGACGACGGAUGAACUGAAUUACUUGCUAUGUUUAUUUGUGAAAGAAGUUCGAAAACCGAAUGGAGAUGAAUACGCUCCUGAUACAAUCUAUUAUUUAUGUUUAAGCAUUCAGCAGUAUUUAUUCGAAAACGGUCGAAUCGAUAAUAUUUUCACCGAUACGUUUUACGAACCUUUUACUAAUGCACUUGACGAAGUGGCUAAGAAAUUUUCCGAAAUCAACGACGCCACUCAAUAUAUCGUGACGCGUGUCGAAGAAGAACAUUUGUGGGAAAGUAAACAGUUAGGAGCACAUUCUCCUCACGUUUUAUUAGCUACUUUGAUGUUCUUCAACACAAAAUAUUUUAAUUUGGCGACUCUCGAAGAGCAUAUGCAGCUAUCGUUUUCACAUAUAAUGAAACACUGGAAACGUAACCCGAAUACUCCAGUUGGAAAACCAGGUUCACCAGCAGCCAAUAGAAAUGUUGUUCUAAGAUUUUAUCCACCUCAAGCAGCAUUAGAUGCUCCUAAUUCUCGAAAGAAGAAAGUGUACGAACAGCAUGAAAACGAAGUUAAUCCUUUGAGGUGUCCUGUUAAGUUAUAUGAAUUCUAUUUAAGUAAAUGCCCAGAAAGCGUUAAACAACGUAACGACGUAUUUUAUUUACAACCAGAACGUUCGUGCGUUCCAGACAGCCCUGUAUGGUAUUCGACGAUGCCUUUGCAAAAAGAUUUAUUAAUGAAGAUGCUGCACCGGGUUAGAAUGGUGAAAGAAGUGAAUGUUUCACUUUUGGCCUCGUGAAAUGAGAAGUGAACCGCCUGAUUACUUGUCAUUAUAAGUAAUCGAGCAUUGGCGGUCGAAAUUUGUUGGUCAUUGAUUUAUUAUUCUCUUUUACUUUUUCGUAACAAUACAUUGUACUAUGUACUGUGUAUGUUUAGUUUUAGUGGAGAUGUGUCUAUUUUAAGGAUACGAGUUAUAUGUAUUGGAGUUUUCAUUUAUUUGAUUUUUUUAUAUUUCAUUUUUGUAUAAUGCUUUAUAUUAUAUAGUUUGAUUUUUAAGGUUUGUUUGUUCAUUUGUUUGUUCUUUUUUUUUUGGUAAUUGUAGUGUAAAUAUUAUGCUGUACAUGUUUACAUGUUGGGAUACUUAAUUGUGUAUUUUUGAAGUGACGGUAGUUCCAGGGUUGCAUUUACAUUGCAAUAAACUUGACGAUCGUCUUAUGUAAUUUUCAUAGGAAGUGAUUUUAUUUUCAAUCACGAUGUCAGCAUCGAGUGAUAAUAUGAUAAGUUAUGAUUGCCCUGUUAAAUUUUUUUUCAGGUACCUAGACGUAUGUUGAUUAGGUUUUACUUUGUAAUCCAUGAUAUGUAGCAAUUUUAGGAUAAGUCAUGAGAUGAUUUAUUUUAUAACAAGUUACUGUUGUAAAUACAUUAUUAUUUGAAAAUU